AUGGAUUCGACGACGACAACCUCGCAAUGCUUUCGCUUCAUGGACCUGCCGCCAGAAGUCAGAAAAGAGAUCUACGACUAUUUCGUCGCAGUGCCGAAGAAUGACGCCGGCUUCGGUGAGGAGGUCGUGGCCAUUGCUGGUGUUGGAGAGGAGAGCUAUGACUGUUUCCUGCCGAUGCAGCGAGUCGACGUUGGUUUCGUUGAAGAACUCGCAGCCAUCAGCAAGACCCGAAGAUCCUUACUGAACGUGUCUCACCAAAUCAACGCCGAAUGGUCGCCCACUUUCUUCCGUACUACCACCAUCAUCGUCCAUGGGCCUAGAUCUGAAUACCUGGGUGGCAAUGACCGUCGCAUCACCACUGGAAGGGCCCUUUCUUUCGAAAAGGCCUUCCUCAAAUCGGCCAGCGCGAGCAUACUCAGCAAUAUCCGGAGACUUUGCUAUGAUGCCUCAAUUCACGGUCGAUUCGAGUCAGUCAGCUACCAGAGGGUCACCACUGUCAAUUUCCCAAACCUUCGACAGUUUGCACGCAUUCUUGAUCGAUACCGAACCGACUUGUCGUCGCUGCAAGAUGUCGAGUUAUAUGCAAGGUGGCAGAUUUGGCAUGGUGGGAACCGCGACCUAAGGCCGUGGGGUCUUUCAAACGCCGCUGCAGCGGAUGUGUGGGCAAGGGCAAGCGAGGGUGGCCUAUGGGAAGAGAUCGAGCAACUGCUCGUGCGAAGAAAUCGCCGAGCGGCUUUGACGGGCUGGAGCGUUGUGAGAAAGGUCAAUAUUUGCCAUUUUCGUUGCCCUUUUCCGAGUCAAAUGCUCUGCGUACAUGUCCACUUCUCGAAGAGACAUCCAGGGCAUGGCGCAGGCGAAUCUGUCGCUGAUCCGGGAAUUGUGAUCAACUCUCUGACCCUCAAGAAUGCUCACCAGCUACAUCAAGGCGGCGAAGUGAGCGUAGCCCAUGGAUGA